UAUAAUAAGUAUGGCCAAGCUUAUUACAACAAAAACUGAAAAUAAAACCUCUUUGAUAUACUUGACAAUGACGUACAAUAAUUCAAAGAUUCAAAGAAAACUAAAUUCUUAUAGCAUCGUUGUCGUUAUUUCCAAUAAUUUUAAGUGUCACUGGUAACAUUUUGUUUAGUAUCCAAUUAUUAUAUUUUGUUAAUUAGACAAAAUGAAGGGAGCUUAUCCAGAAUGUACAAUGAAAAGAGGAUCUCCCGAACGAACGGUAGAUCGAGAAUUCGCAGAAUCUGUCGGCAAGAAUUUUCGAGUCCUGCCGAUGUUCGAAAAAGAACUUUUCCAAUAUAAAUAUAAGAAACAUUAUUCUUUGACUUCCAAUGAGUUACUUCAGUGUAGAUGGCGCUCCUACGUCCAAAACUUUGAUCAACGGAAAUUUGAACCUUUUACGUUUAUUAGUGUGAGAGAUUUUCACUUCUACAAUCAAGACAAUCGGCUUAUUCCGUCGGAAACUAUUCAUAGAAAGACUGAUUUCCGAUUCAAACUGAAGGAAGGACCCGGUGUCGAUAGACAAGGACAAAUGCCGAUUCCGCAUGAGCUCCUCAUGAAACGAGGCAUAAAAAAAUCUGAAACGAAACCCAAAAAUUAUUCGGAAGCAAAAAUAGUAAAGAAAGUGGAGAAAACGCCUGAAAAAGCUUAAAAAAAUUAUUCAUUUUUAAUCUAUUUGGUAGUCUGAUCCUGCCAAUCCAUCUGUCACUCUGACAUUGACACUUAAAUGCGCGGGAAAAGUAAUUGAGUACGUUAGUAGAUUAGAGAUUUUUUAGUCUACAAUUAUUUUUUAAGUUUUAUUUUUAUUUGUAAUGAAUUUCAGUACGUAUUAUUUUAAGUUUUUUUCUAGCUAGAUCUUUAGUUUGGUAUUUGAAUUACCUACGUAUUGCAUGUAGUUUAAAUAAAUGUUAUUUAAAAUUAUCCUCACGUUUUAUUUUAACAUUAAUUUAAUAACUUUACUAUGUUGUGAUAUGAUCCCAAGUGCGACUGCUAAGCAAGCGGUUUGAUUCGUUCCCGUGUUCACCAUUCCACCCAUGUCCUUCACGGUGGGAUUCGACAUGGUGGGAACGAACCUUCACGUGUACCUAUUGUAAUUGUAACUGUGACGGAACGCGUUUAUAGGACGGAACGCGCCUAUAUCAAUAAUAUCGCAUUUACUUAUAUCUCAAAAACUAUAAAGGAUAAGCUGAAAAAUAACGAAAUUUUCGUCAAAGACCUCUUAGCUUAUCUGGUGAAAAGCGGUUUAUGUUGUAUGAAAUAAAUAAUUCAUUUAUAACAUUGGACAAUGUGCACCUCUGCAGAGGUGGAUAGAGCAAAGAGAGCGCCCCAGGCAAGUAACUUGUAGACGCCCCUGACUUUUUUGCCGCCGCCGCAACUCUGUGGGCAGUUGUGCUGUCAAUAACUUGCCGCCCUUUAGAGAUAAUACGGCAUUUCUUUCUUUAUUUCUCAUUGGUCGAGGGUAGCAGUUACUUGUUCAUUAGGUAUCGGGUUGAGCAAAGAAUUAUCAAGUUCUAGACCGUUUAGUGGAGCAAUAAUGGACGAAAAUGAAACAAUUCUUUUUUAUACGGAUCAACUUUAUUUUACGAAAUAAUUAAACAAAAUAAUGAACAGCCAUAUUUUUGUAAAGAAACCCUUUGUUACCAAAGAGUUCAUGAAAUUACGAUUAUAAUAAUUUAAUUAAAAAAACGUUACAAGGCGCCAUAUUGAA